UGUGCCGCUUCCACAUCACGGCCGACAGCAAACCGAGACGACGACACGCGCGCGCGCCGUGCUUCACUCCUGCAAUCAUCCCAACUGGACGGCGUCUUCCCCAAAGCCACCUAACCUCAAACAAGGAGAGGAAAUUCGAUCCUACGGGAAUGGUGCUGCUGAGAUGACCUACGUGACUUUGCUUUUCUCAAGAGAUCAUUCUUCAAUCAAAAGAGCGGGGCGGAAUCUAACCAGGACAUGGUUGGCAGGUUCACAUGAUGGACAGGUGAUGGAGUCUUCCAUCAUCUUUUUCCACCAGUGACUCGGCCUGCCAGCACUCCCUCUGAGGCAUAAGUGUGUACCAGCGGUCCAAGCCCCCCUAUUUCUCUGCCAUGGUGACAUAAGCAGUGCUGCAAUAUGAGGGAGAGCCAACGUGAGACCGUCUCAUUUCUUUCUCCAGUAGCUGCUGCAACUGCUACUUUAACGCUGUUUGUGUUUAGCUCGAAAACAAGACUGACUCUGUUGUGAAUAGUCCCUGCUCGCCAUUUUCUACCCACACCGAAAGAGACUGUCCCCGUGUUGCUGGGCUGGUGGGGCGGAGCGGUGUGGCGUGAGACGAUGCUGGGAUGUGUGACACGCCUCCGUCGGCUAGUCCGUCUCCUCCCCCUGCAGACCUCCCUCCUCCUCCUCUUCCUCUUCUGUACUGUCAGCGUCUUCAUCUCUGCCUACUUCCUCUAUGGCGUCAAGCGGGAGCUGGAGCCAUCGGGAGGGGGCGUGUCUGGGGCCGAGGGAGCGUCCGCAGACUCCGAUGACUCGAGGGUUACGCCGUCCCGGCUGCUACCGCUGCGGGGCGUCUCAGGGGGCCCAGGGAUGGAUCCCGGAGGGUCCAGGACAGAUCCUGUGGUUCUGGUGUUUGUGGAAAGCCAGUAUUCUCAACUGGGUCAGGAGAUUGUGGCCAUCUUGGAGUCUGGCCGGUUCAAGUACCGAACUGAGAUCUCUCCCGGUAAAGGGGACAUGCCCACAUUGACAGACAAAGACAGAGGGCGUUUCACACUGGUGAUUUAUGAGAACAUUCUCAAGUAUGUUAACUUGGACGCCUGGAACCGAGAGCUGCUGGACAAAUACUGUGUGGAAUAUGGAGUGGGCAUCAUUGGCUUCUUCAAGGCCAAUGAAAACAGUCUGCUCAGUGCACAGCUGAAAGGCUUCCCUCUCUUUCUGCACUCCAACUUGGGUCUGAAGGACUGCACUGUCAACCCCAAGUCCCCCCUGCUCUUUAUCACUCGAUCCGGGCAGCCCUUGCCAGGUCCCCUCCCCGGGGAUGACUGGACCGUUUUCCAGUCCAACCACUCAACGUACGAGCCUGUGUUGCUGGCCAAGACCCAGUCAGCUGAGAGCGUUGCAUCGAUGGGGCAGAACGCUGCUCUGCUCCCAUCGGUGGUGCAGGACCUAGGGCUCCAUGAUGGUAUCCAGAGGGUCCUGUUCGGCAACAACUUGGUCUUCUGGUUGCACAAGCUGGUGUUUGUGGACGCCGUGGCCUUUCUGACGGGGAAGAGGCUCUCGUUGUCCCUGGAGCGCUACAUCCUGGUGGAUAUAGAUGACAUAUUUGUGGGCAAAGAGGGCACACGCAUGAAGGUGCCUGAUGUCAAGGCCCUGCUGGAGACGCAACGGGAGCUGCGCACCCAUGUGCCCAACUUCACCUUCAAUCUGGGUUUCUCAGGGAAAUUCUUUCACGCUGGAUCUGAUGAGGAGGACCUGGGAGACGACCUGCUGCUUUCCUACGUGAAGGAGUUUUGGUGGUUCCCUCACAUGUGGAGCCACAUGCAGCCCCAUCUAUUCCACAACCAGUCGGUGCUGGCCGAGCAGAUGUUGCUCAACAAGAAAUUUGCCAUGGAGCAUGGGAUCCCCACUAACAUGGGUUACGCGGUGGCGCCCCACCAUUCUGGCGUCUACCCUGUCCACAUGCAGCUGUACGACGCCUGGAAGAAGGUGUGGGGCAUUAAGGUGACCAGCACAGAGGAAUACCCACACCUGAAGCCUGCCCGCUUCCGGCGAGGUUUCAUCCACAGCGGCAUCAGCGUGCUGCCCAGGCAGACGUGUGGUCUCUUCACACACACCAUCUUCUAUAAAGACUACCCGAGCAGUCCGAAUGAACUGGACAAGCUCAUCAAUGGAGGAGAACUCUUCCUCACAGUUUUGCUGAACCCUAUCAGUAUCUUCAUGACCCAUCUGUCCAACUAUGGAAAUGAUCGCCUCGGCCUGUACACCUUUAAAAGCCUGGUGAUGUUCCUCCAGACGUGGACCAACCUGAAGAUGCAGACCCUGCCACCUGUUCAGCUGGCUCAGAAGUACUUCAGCCUCUUCCCCUCUGAGAGAGAUCCACUCUGGCAGGAUCCUUGUGAGGACAAAAGGCACAAGGACAUCUGGUCCAAAGAGAAAACAUGUGACCGCUUCCCCAAACUGCUCGUCAUCGGGCCCCAGAAGACAGGGACGACAGCGCUCUACCUGUUUCUUGGCAUGCACCCUGACCUGACCAGUAACUACCCGAGCAAGGAGACCUUUGAGGAGAUCCAGUUCUUCAAUGGGCACAACUACCACAGAGGCAUUGACUGGUAUAUGGAGUACUUCCCCCUGCCCUCCAACACCAGUUCAGACUACUACUUUGAAAAGAGUGCCAACUACUUCGACUCUGAGGUGGCUGCUCAGAGGGCUGCGGCUCUCCUGCCCAAAGCCAAGAUCAUCACCAUCCUCAUCAACCCAGCGGACAGAGCUUACUCUUGGUACCAGCACCAAAGAGCCCACGAUGACCCGGUGGCAUUGAAGUACUCCUUCCGUGAUGUCAUCACUGCAGGCCACGACGCUCCGGUCAAACUCCGGGUCCUGCAGAACCGCUGUCUGGUGCCAGGCUGGUACGCCAUCCACCUGGAGCGCUGGCUCAACUUCUACCACUCCAGCCAGUUGUUAGUCUUAGAUGGACAGAUGCUGAAGACUGAGCCUGCUUCAAUCAUGGAUAAAAUCCAGAAGUAUCUGGCCCCGGUCAACGUCAUCAACUACCACAAGAUCCUAGCGUUCGACCCUAAGAAAGGGUUCUGGUGUCAGCUGCUGGAGGGAGGGAAGACCAAGUGUUUGGGGAAGAGUAAAGGGCGCAGGUACCCUGACAUGGACCCUGAGUCCGAGGGCUUCCUUAGGGAGUACUAUAGGGAUCACAACAUUGAGCUGUCCAAGCUGCUCUACAGGAUGGGUCAGCCGCUGCCCAGCUGGCUCAGAGAAGAGCUGGUCCACACCAGGACAGCAGUGGAUGAUGAUCAAGAUGAGAGCGUAGUUGCUUUGAGCAGCUGUUAGCGCUCGCCUCUCUCCCUGAGCUUCCAGAUGCUGUUAGUCCCCUGCAGGACAAACCAGAACCAUGGAUGUCCGAGUGAUGGUCUCCGCUGUGUCCUGCAGAAGAAGGAAAGGCUCAGUGGUGCAAAGGAGGGGCCUUCAGUCAGUGUUUGAUAAUCACAUCCCUGCUCUCCUUAAACAAACAUCUCUUCUUCACAUGGACUUCAUCUUGAAAAUCAAAGGAAGGAAAACCGUCUGAAGCUCGAGCAGUCUUCACGGUUUCACCUCUGGAAAACAGGUGGAAAAGAUCUCCAGCGAAGAGUUGUUGUGUUUGGAGCACAUGAAAACAGGCAACUUAACAUUGACUUACUGAUGAUGACAGCCUGAUUGACGGAGAGACAAAGGUGGCAAAUGCCUUUGACAUAAGAAAGUGUUAAGUGUUUGUAUGAGAGAAAAAUGAGACAUCUGGAGUCUUGACUCAGGCUGCAUGUUGUAGCCUUAUUCGAUAGGCCUUGGUAGUAUCUAGUUAUCGCAUUUACAAGUGCCAGGACAGAAUCUUCAAUGAAAUAUUACCAUGUGGAUUUUUAAGGGUUCCUUUUUGUUUUUUGUUUUUUUAUAAAGCUAUACGUUUUCUUAACUUUCCUCCGACUUUUGUUUUAACGUUUCUAUAAUGCGCAAGGCAAUGCAUUAUUGUAGAAUGUACCAAAACUAAACAUUUUAGCCCAGUUUUCUCAUAUCGGCCAGAUGUACAGAAGGUUUGUUAAACUGUUCGGCUCAGCCUCCUGUGUAGUCAGUUUAGACCAAUUAGUUGGCUCAAGCAGGAGCAGUAGGAUAUAUAUGUUGAAAGCACAAUAUUUAAGGCACUCAAGUAAACAUUGCUUCUGAACAUACAGGUUACUGGAAAGCACACUAACAAAAUGGAUCCUCCUAUAGUUUGUGAAGAUGAUCAUAAGCUAGCUACUGUAUGUUUAAUUACACAUUGUGGUCAGAGAGAUUCAGAUAGUGUACAGAACAAGGUUGGGCUUUUCAAAUCUGUUUUUAGCAUUGGAUUCUUUUUUUGUCGUCAGAACUGUAUAUUUUAUUUCAUUUCAUUUAUUAGAUCAUUUUAAGUUUUGAGGGGGGAGAAUACUGUCUCUGGGAAAAACGUUAAAAGUUGCCGGGCAGAACAACAGUAUGCCCAUUGAGACCAUACAGACAUUUGGUUGUCGGUUAAGGUGUUACCACUGCAACUAGAUGUCAAGCAUAGAUAACAAAAAGCUGCUCUUAUUGCAAUAGUUUUGUACAAUGUUCUGAUGUAAUAUCAAUGCACAUGUUGGUCCUUUCAUUUCCCGACUUUGUAAUGUACAUAAUACGCAACCCUGGUAGACCUAAAUUAUUGAAUGUGUUUGGGUUUACACUCAUCAGCCCAUUCCCAUAGUGUGAAAUGUCAGUGCUGUGCUGAGGGGAGUUUGGAUUGCCUCAUCGGGCAGAGGUGUGUCGCUGAGAUCGUUUCCUCUCAUUCCUCUCACUGCCAACUAUUGUACACAGGUACUGAGUCUCUCCAUAUAAAGUAUUAAGUGAUAACACAUAACAGCAAUGAUGGUACUAAUCUCCUGGACUGUAUGAUAAAGAUUUGUAAUUGUUGUCAAUAAUUUUUACAUUGUAACUAAUA